AUGUCUCUAUAUAUCAACGACGCUACUGGUGUAGAUGAAUUAACCCGUACCGGUUCUAAAGAACAAACUUAUAAGACCCCAGCUUUUGCCUUGUUUGCUACCCAACAACAAGAUGCUUCUGCUCCGGAACCAAAACUUUAUGUGUUCAAAACUGAAGAAAAUGAUUACUUAGAGAUCUCUGCUUCUGCAUUGAAAAAGGCCCGUAAAGGUUGCGAUGGUUUGAAGAAGAAGGCCAUUAAGCAAAAGGAACAAGCUGCUAAGCAAGAAGAACAAGCUGCUGCUGCUGCCGCUAAGCAAAUGGCAAACUUACACAUUACCAUCGAAGAAGACAAAUCAUUGCCAGCCGCUCUUAAAUGUAAGAUCAACCAAGCUUAUGGUCAUGUCGGCGAAAGGGUUAAAGUUUCUGGUUGGAUCCACAGAUUACGUUCUAACAAGAAGGUUGUCUUUGUUGUCCUAAGAGAUGGUUCUGGUUACGUUCAAUGUGUCUUGACUGGUAACUUAGCUUUGGCUCAACAAACUCUAGAUUUGACUUUAGAAUCUACUGUUACUCUAUACGGUUCCAUCAAGAAGGUUCCAGAAGGUAAGAGUGCUCCAGGUGGUGUUGAACUAGAUGUGGAUUACUAUGAAGUUGUCGGUCUAGCUCCUUCCGGUGAAGAAUCCUUCUCAAACAAGAUCACCGAAGAUGCUGACCCAUCUAUUUUACUAGACCAACGUCAUUUGGCUCUAAGAGGUGAAACAUUAUCUGGUGUUAUGAAGGUCCGUGCUGCCCUAUUAGCUUCCGUCAGACGUGUCUACAAAGAAGAAAACUUGACUGAAGUUACUCCACCAUGUAUGGUCCAAACUCAAGUCGAAGGUGGUUCUACAUUAUUUAAACUUGAUUACUAUGGUGAAGAAGCGUUCUUGACUCAAAGUUCUCAAUUGUACUUGGAAACUUGUCUACCAUCUCUAGGUGAUGUUUACUGUAUGCAAGAAUCCUUCAGAGCUGAAAAGUCUCACACAAGAAGACAUUUGUCUGAAUACACUCACAUCGAAGCUGAAUUGGCUUUCCUAACAUUUGACGAAUUGUUACAACACAUUGAAACUUUGAUCGUUAAAUCCAUUCAAUAUGUCCUAGAAGACCCAGUCGCUGGCCCAAUUAUCAAAGAAUUGAAUCCAGAUUUCGUUGCACCAAAGGCCCCAUUCAUGAGACUAGAAUACAAAGACGCUAUCGAUUGGUUAAAGGAACACCAAAUCCUAAACGAAGAAGGUAAAGAGUUCCAAUUCGGUGACGAUAUUGCUGAAGCUGCCGAAAGAAAGAUGACUGACACCAUUGGUGUUCCAAUCUUAUUGACUAAGUUCCCUGUCGAGAUCAAAUCCUUCUACAUGCCUCGUUGUAAGGAUGACGCAAGAGUUACCGAGUCUGUGGAUGUUCUAAUGCCAACUGUCGGUGAAAUUACUGGUGGUUCAAUGAGAAUCAACAACUUGGAAGAAUUGAUGGCUGGUUUCAAGCGUGAAGGUAUCGAUCCAAAACCAUACUACUGGUUCAUUGACCAAAGAAAAUAUGGUACCUGUCCUCACGGUGGUUACGGUAUUGGUACUGAACGUAUCUUGGCUUGGUUAUGUAACAGAUACACUGUCAGAGACUGUUCCCUAUACCCUCGUUUCAGUGGUAGAUGUAAGCCAUAA